AUGGAGAGAGCCCGGCCGGAGCCGCCGCGCCAACUGCCGCGGGCAGUCCCGCCGCGCCCGCUGCGCCCAGCUCCGCCGCCCCCGCCGCUGCUCGACGGCGCCGCCGCCGCCGCCUUUCGGGGGACCGCGGCCGAGCCCCCCCGGUCGCCGCCCGCGCCGUGCGCCGCCGCCGCCCUUGCGGCCGUGGCCUCGCCGUGCGGGGACGCCGCGGCGCCGGGCGUGCAGCCCGCGGCUCGGCGCCUGCUGCAGCUGAAGACGGAGCAGGUGCUGCUGCUGCCGCCGUCGGCCCGGGACGACGGGCCCGCCGGGACCCCCGCGCAGGCGCGGCUGCUGCCGCUGAGACCCGAGCUGCUGCUGCUGCCGCCGCCGCCCGACGGCGCCCCCUGCAGGCCCGAUGCCCACCCGGCCGCGGCCCGGGCGCCGCACGUCAAGGCUGAGCAUCCCGAGCCGGGGCCGGCGCGGGCCUGCAGGGCGACCCCCGACGGCCGCCGCGGCGGGGACGAGAAGCCGGGCCGCUGGGAGGCGGCCGACGGCCCGAGCGACGCGGCGGAAGGCGGAGGCGGCGGCAUCAAGACGGAGGAGCCCGAGCGGGGCCGCGAGGACGGGCGCCCGGGCCCCGCCGAGCCCCCCGCGGCCAAUGGGCUGGUGCCCGGCGCCAAGGAGCUGCUGCUGGCCGCGCCGCCCGGCGCCUUCGGCCCCCCCGCCCCCGCCGCCCCGCAGCCGCCGGACCUGCGGCUCCCGCUCACGCUCCAUCCCGUCCCGCCCGGGGCCCGCAUCCAGUUCCAGGGGCCGCCGCCCCCCGAGCUGAUCCGGCUGACCAAGGUCCCCCUGACCCCGGUGCCCAUCAAGAUGCAGUCCUUGCUGGAGCCGUCGGUCAAGAUCGAGACCAAAGACGUGCCGCUCACCGUGCUGCCCUCCGACGCAGGAAUACCAGAUACUCCCUUCAGUAAGGACAGAAAUGGUCACGUGAAGCGACCCAUGAACGCGUUUAUGGUUUGGGCAAGGAUCCACCGGCCAGCACUAGCCAAAGCUAACCCAGCCGCCAACAAUGCAGAAAUCAGUGUCCAGCUCGGGCUAGAGUGGAACAAACUUAGCGAAGAGCAAAAGAAACCCUAUUAUGAUGAAGCACAAAAGAUUAAAGAAAAGCACAGAGAGGAGUUUCCUGGAUGGGUUUACCAGCCUCGCCCAGGGAAGCGAAAACGCUUCCCUCUAAGUGUUUCCAAUGUGUUUUCUGGUACCACACAGAAUAUCAUCUCUACAAAUCCUACAACAGUCUACCCUUACCGCUCACCCACCUACUCUGUGGUAAUUCCCAGCCUACAGAACACCAUCACUCAUCCUGUUGGUGACGCACCCCCGACCAUCCAGCUGCCCACCCCCACGGUCCAGCGUCCCAGCCCCAUCACGCUCUUCCAGCCCAGCGUCUCCAGCGCCGCCCCGGUGGCCGUCCAGCCGUCCAGCCUGCCCCUGCGCCCGGCACCCCAGCCCCAGCGCUUGGCGGGGCCCUCCCCGACGGACCCUCACCGGCCGCACUCCGGGGCCAGCCGCCCGGUGAAGCGACCCACCCCCAUCUCCCUGGACAGCAGCAGCAGCAGCAGGAUCCCGGUCAGCGCCAGCGCCAGCGCCGGCCACGCCAGAUUCGCCGCCUCCACCGUCCAGCCUCCCAAGGAGUACCCCAGCGUUUCCACGUGUCCCCGGAGCGCACCCGUGCCCCAGGCCCCUCCCCUGCCGCACUCGCACGUCUACCAGCCCCCUCCCCUGGGCCACCCGGCCACGCUGUUUGGGACACCACCGCGGUUCUCUUUCCAUCACCCCUACUUCCUCCCUGGACCUCACUACUUCCCAUCAAGCACCUGCCCUUAUAGUCGGCCUCCCUUUGGCUAUGGCAAUUUCCCCAGCUCCAUGCCAGAAUGCCUCGGUUAUUAUGAAGACAGAUACCAAAAGCACGAGGCUAUAUUUUCAGCUUUAAACAGAGACUAUCCUUUUAGAGACUACACUGAGGAACGCACGCACAGCGAAGAUUCUCGAAGUUGUGAGAGCCUGGACGGGACCCCUUACUAUAACAGUAACAGCCACAGCGGGGAAGAGUACCUGGGCCCCAUGCCACAGCUGGACAUGGGCGCCCUGGAUAACGUCUUCACGGCCCCGACGGCGGCUCCUUCCAGCAUCCAGAAAGUCAACGUCACUGACAGUGAUGAGGAGGAAGAAGAAAAAGUACUCAGGAAUUUAUAA